AUGUCUUCCAGAGAAGAAUUGCUCGGGAAAGGGUGCUUGUCCCAGAAGCUCUUGGUUAUGGAUUUAAUUGCUGCUGCUAGUCUCGUGAAGACAGUGUCUGGUUUUGGGAGAUGCUUUGACAAGCUUGUGAAGGAAUUCAUUGUCAACAUAACCCCCGAGUGCAACGUCUCUAGAAGUGUUGAGUUCAGGAAGGUGUAUGUUAGAGGAAGGAGCCAUGUGGCUCAUGUUUUUGAAGAUAUCUCAUUUAGUGAGAUCACUAAAGAGAUCAUUGUUAGGCAAGUGAUAACUUGGCCCAGGAAGGGAAUGUUGUCUACUGGCACUUUGAGUGUCAAGUAUGCCUUGCUGAAUCGCAUUGGAGCUGCAAAUUGGAUGCUUACAAAUCAGUCGUCUCACAUCUCCAUUGGGUUAGCCAAAUUGAUUUAUAUGAUUGGCACCAAGACUCCUUUUGAUUUUGGAGCUUUGAUUGUGGCUUUAGAUGAAUAUCCUGUGCAGAAGGCUAGUCCACUCACGUUUGAUCAAAGGUUGUAUGUGGGGACAUAUGACCCAGACAUUGUGGUAGAUGUUGGACAAGUUGGAGCUGAUGGUGCUAAAGGCCUAAGGCUCUCUGCUAUCUCUAGUUAUGUUCUUGCUGAGCUUGUGGAGAUUUCCAAGAUUCUUCAAGAUACCAUUGUCAGCUGCACUCAGAGGAAGAAGAAGAAGGUGGAUCUGCUAAUCAAUAGUUUGUCCAUGGGAAAAGCUCCUGCUGGUGAUGAAGGAAAUCAGGCUGAUGUUGAACCUAGUGUUGGGACUUCUAGUGAUAGUUCUGAUUAG